AUGGCUUGGCGAAGCUCUGGAAAGACUAACGAGGAGCUGAUUACGAAUCUCACAAAGAAUAAGCUUAUUGGGUCUAAUCGUGUUAGAGAUGCUAUGCUACAGGUUGAUCGCGCGCACUAUGCCCCGAGGUCGCCCUACGAAGACUCUCCGCAGCCUAUAGGCCACAAGGCCACCAUCUCCGCACCACACAUGCAUGCCUCAGCCUGUGAGAGACUCCUCGACUACCUCCAGCCCGGCUCCAAAGUUCUCGACGUUGGUUCCGGUUCGGGCUACCUCACAGCUGUUCUCGCCAACCUCGUGGCGCCCAAUGGAACCGUCAUUGGCAUCGAUCACAUUCAGCCCUUGAACGAUCUGGCAGACGGGAACAUGCGUAAGUCGGAAAAGGGACGAAGUAUGUUGGAGUCGGGACAGGUCAAGUUUGUGACUGGCGAUGGACGGAAAGGCUGGGCAGAGGGCGCACCGUACGACGCCAUCCAUGUCGGGGCUGCCGCUGCUGUCCACCACGAGGCCUUGACCGAGCAACUAAAGGCUCCGGGCCGGCUGUUUGUACCAGUCGCGGAAGGCGGUGCGCAGUAUAUCUAUGUCAUCGACAAAAAAGAGGACGGUAGUCUUGAGCGCCAAAAGUUGUAUGGUGUACAGUAUGUGCCGUUGACGGAUGCGCCCAUGUAG